CAUAAAUAAAAGUUUUAUACAAAAUUACAAAUGAUGGGUCCAAAAUGUAGUUGCAAAAGUGGUUAGUGUUGAUCUACAAAUGGUAUUUGGCGGUACAUUCUCCUCAUUUAAAAAAUCCAUCAUUUACAUCCAUAUUGUAUAAACUUUUUUUUUCUUUUAUAGUCUUACUUUAUUUUUUUUUUAUUUAUAUAAAAAUCCCGUUCAGAAUUUUCAGGUUGAUUUUUUUUGUCACUUAAUGUUUUGUAAUUUUCUACCUAUCGACCUCUCACAAUAAUAUUAAAUGUAGGAAAUUAUUACCUAAUCUAGGAACCCGAUCUUAUGUUUAUUGUCUAAUCAAAAGUAGGGUUAUGUGAGAUUUUUUUCUUGAUGGGAUUUCUUUAAAUUUAUUAGCUUGUUAAUGGCUAUGAAGAACAGAUAAUCCCAUCAAGAAACUAUACCAAGUAAUAAAAAAAUAAAAGAAAAAUAUUUCAAAAAAUGCCAAUUUUGGAGGAAGUAAUGGGGAUUAAACAAAAUCAAUCUAGGAAACUAUUAGUGGCAAUUCGAUUCGAUUCCGAUUGCAAAGAGCUUAUUUCUUGGGCCAUUGUUAAGGUUGCUGAGAUUCAUGAUCAUGUUGUUGUUAUUCAUGUUUGCAGAAAUUCAGAUGAUGGAUCAAAGGAGAAGAUAUUGUUGGAUGAUCAUCUAGAGAUUUAUAAGGGCAUAUGUGAUAUUAAGAAGGUAAAACUUAGUGGGAAGAUAUUACCAGGAAAUUCAAUAAGAAAAAGCAUUGUAAAUGAGGCAAAAAAUUCUGGUGCUGUUGCUGUAAUUGUUGGAAUAAGUAAACCGGGUUCAAUUGGGGGAAGAGUAUCAACGGCUAAGUAUUGUGCAAAGCAUUUGCCUUCAACCACUCAAAUCUUCACCGUUCAUAAUGGCAAAAUUGUCUUUCAAAGGCACUCUAAUGCACAUUCACAAGGACUACAAGAAGAUCCAAGGCCAAGCUUCCACAAACCCGAAAUUCUCCAUGCAGAAUCAUCAGAAUUGAGUUCGGAAAGCCCUAAAUUAGAGUGUCAGAGUUCAGAAUCAGGAUCAAUAGAUGCUAAUAGUAUAGAAUUUCUUGAAACAGAAAAUGAGUAUGCAAAUAUUGAUCCUGAAAAAAAAGAAGCUUAUUCUCUAAGAACAUCAGCUAGUUACAAUAAUUGCAUAGAAGGCGUUGCGGAGCAAAAACCCGGUUGGCCCUUGCUUAGAAGAUCUAGCCUUCCAACACAAAAGGCUUUAGACUCUAGGAAAAUGUCCGUAAUUCAAUGGGUUAUGAGCUUCCCUGACCGCUCACCACCCGAAACUCCACAAAGUAGUAGUCGUAGUAGUAGUAAUAGUAAUCAUGACUCGUGCUCAAGCAAGUCGGAAAGUCCCAUUGGACACGAUAAUGACGAUACAAGUAAAAGUUUAUUUAGUAGUAAAAGUAGUAACUCGCUCUUUAAUGACUUGAUUGAUCAAGAACCCGGGCUUCCAUUUGAAUUGAAAUUUUUGGAUUUCACUUGGUUUAGUUACGAGGUUUUGAGAAAUGCGACAUUAAAUUUCUCUUCAGAGAACAUAAUAGGUAAAGGGGGAUGUAGUCGCGUUUAUAAGGGUACAUUUCUUGAUGGUAAGGAAGUGGCCGUGAAAGUUUUAAAAUCUUCAAAACAAGCAUGGAAAGACUUCUCUUUAGAAGUUAAUAUAAUGUCUUCUUUGAGGCACAAGAAUAUUACACCUUUGCUUGGUGUUUGUGUUGACAAUAGUGAGCUUAUUUCUGUUUAUGAGUUCAUGUCCAAAGGCAGUUUAGAAGAUAAUUUACAUGUUGAGAACAACGAAAAGCUUGGAUUAUCAUGGGAUGUAAGGUUUAAAGUAGCGAUUGGAAUAGCAGAAGCCCUUGUUUAUUUGCAUCAAGGAUGUUCAAGGAAUAUUAUUCAUCGAGAUGUCAAAACUUCUAAUAUUCUUCUGUCCGACAAAUUUGAACCUCAGUUGUCAGAUUUUGGGCUAGCAAUAUGGGGUCCAAAUAGUGAGACCUACACAGAAGUGGUGGGUACAUUCGGAUACCUCGCACCUGAGUAUUUCAUGUACGGCAAGGUCACCGACAAGCUAGAUGUCUACUCUUUUGGUGUGGUGCUUCUUGAAUUAUUGACGGGUAGAAAACCCAUUGAUUCUUCCAAAGGCCAAAAAAGUUUGGUCUUGUGGGCAAAACCAAUGUUACAAAGUGGGAAGAAAAUAAAAAGAAUUAUAGACCCGAGUUUGGAAGGGAGCGUUGAUGAGACCCAAAUGCAAAGAAUGGUCCUGGCAGCUACCCUUUGCUUGACCAGACCAAUGAGACUGCGUCCUAAUAUGAACCAGAUUUUAGAACUUUUGAAAGGAGAAAAAAGUAUCAAAUCUCAAGUGUAUGAUGACGAUCAAGAAAAUGAAGACGAAGAGUUGGGUAUUAAUGAGGACGAUUUUUACCAAAAUUCGUGUGCAAACAAAUCACACUUAAGCCUCGCACUUUUAGAUGUUGAACACGAUGAGUUCACUUCGUCGUGCAGUAGUGGUGAACGAAGCAGCAGCCCUCGUACUCUCGGGGAUUUCUUUAGUGCAACGUACAAAAGGUCUUGUAGCUUCGAUUAGCCACCCCCUUGAUGUGAAAUAAUAAUUUUAUUCAUAAUCUAUGUAUAGUUUUGAGAAAACAAAUCCAUUUACACAAGUAUAUAUAAUAACAAUAUGGUAUAUUAUAUUGAUGUUCCUGUAUGAUUUAGUAGGAUAAUUAAUUAAGAAUUUAAUCCCCUAAUUUGUUAUUAAUAAAAAAUUAAGUGCUGGUGGAAAUCUGUCUUUGCUAUCUUGUUAAAUUAUACAGUAAGAUCGUUUGAGAAGAUGACUGUUUUCUGUAAAAUGUAACAAAGGGUUAGCGGGGCCUCAUGUUUUUCCGGGGACCUACUCCGGCGCCCAAGUCAGUAUCAAUCUGAGACAAAUUACCUAAUAGGUCAUUCCAGGAGCACUAUGGCUGCAAAGGUGGAUUACUACUUAGGACUUAUUCUGACGUGAGGUUUUAUGUGAUUAAUAUCUAGCAAAAUUUACUG